CUUUCUAUCUUGUGCAUGUCCUUGUCCUACUUCAACCAUGCCAUUUCCUUGCACAAUGAGACAGAUAGACUUGCUUUGAUAUCCUUUAAAGAUUCCAUACAACAAGACCCAUUUCAGGUCCUAAGUUCUUGGAAUAAUUCUUUACAUUUUUGCAAUUGGUAUGGCAUUUCAUGCAGUCUCCGACAUCCUAACAGAGUCAUAGCCUUGAACCUGGGCUCGCAAAGGUUAGUAGGAUCAUUAUCACCUCAUAUUGGUAAUCUCUCCUUUCUCAGACGCAUCGAUUUACAAACCAACAGCUUCCAUGAUCAAAUCCCACAAGAGAUAGGUCGUCUCCGUCACAUACAAUAUAUUAACCUUGGCAACAAUUCUUUCCAAGGUAAUAUACCAUCCAACUUAUCUCACUGUUCAAAUCUUAUAUACCUUCGUCUCACUUAUAACCAGCUGGUUGGUAGUAUACCUUUGGAGCUCGGGUCUUUAACAAAGCUUGAACAUCUGGUCAUGGCCAGAAAUAACUUCACUGGAAAUAUUCCUCCUUCUAUUGAGAAUCUCUCAUCUUUAUCGGAAAGAUUUAGUGGAGCUAUCCCAAUUUCAAUGUCAAAUGCUUCUAUGCUUGAACAAAUUUCUUUUCAAUACAACCAAUUUUCUGGUUUAAUUCCUAAACAACUUGGAAUGCUGCGAUAUCUUCAAAUUCUAAGCUUUUAUUUUAAUCAGCUGCAAGAUGACUUGAGUUCCAUCAAUUCUCUAACUAACUGCUCCUACUUAGAAGUUGCCCAUUUUGGAGCAAAUUUUCUCACAGGGACUGUGCCCAUUUCCAUUGCCAAUCUCUCCAAAGACUUAUAUUUUCUAUCUGUGGCAGAUAAUCAAUUACAUAAUACCAUUCCCCUGGGUAUUGAAAACCUUAUCAAUCUGAGGUUCUUUCUGUUUGGUGGUAAUUACUUCUCUGGCCCUUUACUUAUUAAUUUUGGGAAAUUUCAACAACUGGAAGAAUUGGAUUUGAGAAGCAACAGAUUCACAGGAAAAAUUCCAUCUUCAAUUGGUAAUUUAUCUUUCGUAUCUUAUCUCCGUUUGGGUUUCAACAAUCUACAUGGAAGCAUACCUUCUAGUCUUGGCAGUUGUCCUAACUUGAUCCUUUUGGAUCUCGCUCUGAACAAUCUCAUUGGUCCAAUACCCAGACAGGUUGUCAGCCUUUCUUCCCUGUCAAUUCUCCUCGAUUUAUCUGGUAAUGCACUUAACGGUCCUAUUCCUUCAGAAGUUGGUAUGCUGCAAAAUCUUGUCCAAUUGGAUUUAUCAAAUAAUAGAUUAUCUGGAAUGAUCCCAAACGCGAUUGGCAAAUGUUUGGGUCUGGAACAGCUUCACCUGCAGGGAAAUUCACUUGGUGGGGAGAUACCUCCAGUUUUAAUAUCUUUGAGAGGUUUAAGAGAGUUGGAUAUUUCAAGAAACAAUCUUAAAGGGCGAAUUCCAGAUUCUUUAGCUGAGCUUCAUGGGCUAAGCUAUUUGAAUUUGUCUUUCAAUGAGCUUCAAGGGGAAGUUCCAAAACAUGGAACCUUUCUAAAUGCAAAUGUUGUUUCACUUGUAGGAAAUAAAGGUCUUUGUGGAGGUAUUACUGAAUUUAACCUUCCUUCUUGCGUCUUUCUAACUUCAAACAAGAAUAACCUCUCCUUUCCACUAAAAGUAAUAAUUUCAGUGGUUUCUGUUGUAAUACUUUCUUCUCUAUUGAUAUGUUUCUUAAUUUUCCGGUAUAGAAAAAGAAUUUCCAUGAGAAAGAAUAUUUCGAUGCCAUCCUUCAACUACGAAUUUUUAAGAAUAUCUUAUGCAGAGCUCUCCAAAGCUACAAACGGGUUCUCUGAAGCCAACAUAGUUGGUGUUGGUAGCUAUGGCUCUGUUUAUAAGGGACUUCUUGAGCAAACAAGAAAACAAGUUGCAGUCAAAGUGCUAAACUUGCAACAAAGAGGAGCUUCAAAUAGUUUCAUCUCUGAAUGUCAAGCUCUUGGAGCCAUCAGGCACCGAAACCUUUUAAAGCUACUGAGUGUCUGCUCUAGCAUAGACUUUGAAGGCAAUGAUUUCAAAGCUUUGAUAUAUGAAUAUAUGGCAAAUGGGAGCUUGGAAAAAUGGUUGCAUGCUCAAAAUGUUGGAGAAGAUGGACAAGAAAGAGAAUCAAGAAACCUGAAAUUGAUAGACAGACUGAACAUUGCAAUUGAUAUUGCUACUGCAAUAGAAUAUCUUCACAGCGGUAGCUCAACAAUAGUAAUACAUGGUGAUUUAAAGCCAAGUAAUGUUCUUUUGGAUGAGAAUAUGACUGCCCAUAUCGGAGAUUUUGGGUUGGCUAAGAUUGUCUCAACAAUUUAUACCGAGGCUAUGCAUCCAAGAACUUCGCUAGCAAUCAAAGGGUCUGUUGGCUAUGUUGCUCCAGGACAGUAUGGAAUGGGUGAGCCAGUUUCUACAAAAGGAGAUAUUUAUAGUUAUGGCAUACCAUUGCUGGAGAUAUUUACAGGAAAGAGACCAACUGAUGAUUUUUUCAAAGUUGAUCUAAACCUUCGUACCUUUGUUGAGAGAUCUUUACCUUAUGAUCGCUACCUUUGUUGAGAGAUUCUUUACCUUAUGAAUUUAACGAAACAUUGAGAGAGCUUCGGAGAGAGCUUCAAGGACGCUAUCCUCUUUGUACUAAGAAUUGGAGUUGCAUGCACAAUGGAACAGCCAGGGGAAAGGAUGGAAAUGCGAGAUGUGAUAAAUGAAUUGCAAAAGAUCAAGAGCUCUUAUCUAAAGGGAUUGCUGGUGCAAAACCCAGAAAAUGCCUAUCAAUUUGGAGGUCCGAGCUCCUCUCACGUGUAG